GCGACUCCGACACCAAUCGGGGAUCAACCGCCUCCGCUACUGCCACCACUACUGCCACUACUGUUACUAUCACUACUACUACCGCUGUCACAGUCUGCUCAAGACGCCGAUAAGUCAGGGAUUAUACAGCGGGAAAAGCGCGAACGAUAUUAGAAACGAAAGGAGAAAAGAUAGAGAGAGAAGCAAUGGCAUCUGAAAUGAGCAACAUCACGAAUGGAGGGAGGGAGGAGCUGGCGGAAUUGGGAGGAGCUCAUAAGAAAACAACCGUCCACUUCAGCAGUGGAGAGCCAGUCCGGAUUCCAGUUUCAAUCGUUUCGUCGGAGCUUGAACCGGGACCAGAUGCAGAUGUUUCAGCACAGCAUCAUCGACAACAGCUAGACAGACUGACGGAUAGUUUGUCGGCUUCGCUGCAACAGCAAAGACUCACGCACCCGGACUUUCAGCCUUUCUCCCUGCCGCCGUCCCGGGCUCCCUCAAGAGACAAUACCAUCACUCCGGAUUCACCUCGAAAGAACAUGAACUCCCCGCCAUUGACGCCCGCGUCGACUCAAGAUCGUCCGCCGUUCCGCCAGUCUCGGUCCGAUGACUAUCGUUCGACGCUCCAACCAUCACGGCACCCUGGAGCCGAUCCGAACACAAUGACCCCUCAGACCUCUCCACCACGGUUGGGCACCGGGACGCUGACUCCCAAAGGCCUCGUGUCUGGCACAAAUUCACCUGCCUCUUCGAGACCGGUAUCGGCGCAUUCCGUGCAAGGCCGAACCCCCACAUUCACUAUAGGGCCGGCGGACUUCACUGUAUCGUCGCCGUCGGAGUACGGAGACAGCCCGGGGGGUACGCCUACCGGAUCCGGUUCUCGCUCGGGAGCUACCACGCCCAUCCACCAUCACCCUCCUUCGCGGCCAUUCACACCGGCACCGGACCCAGAUGACCCUUAUGCGCGACACAAGAGGCCCCCUCAGUCCAAGAGGGUGGAGGAUAUCGAGCCGCGGUUCAAGUUCUCUAAAACCCGUCAGAGUCACUCCAGCACGAAUCUGUCAGCGAUGGGCCAUGAAAAGGACAAGAAGCAUCACCACUCGCACCUAUCCCUUACCGCGCUGGCCAAGGGCGAAGACCGUGGUCUCGGAUCGAAGAAGUCGUCGAUGGGCGAUCUGAGGAGGUUCUUCAAGGGUACUAAGAAGAGGUCGUCGUCACCGAGCGCUAGCUCCACCCAUAGUUCGAAGAGCUCGACGCCUGGGGGAGCUGCCCCGUUCGCAGACGACCAAGGAUUGAACAAGAAAUACGGAAAGUUUGGGAGGGUGUUAGGAUCGGGAGCUGGAGGCUCGGUGAGACUGAUGAAGCGGUCGAGUGACGGUGUUACGUUCGCCGUCAAGGAGUUCCGCCCCAGACACUCGUACGAGUCGGAACGGGAAUACGCCAAGAAGGUCACUGCCGAGUUCUGUAUCGGCUCCACACUGCACCAUGGAAACAUCGUCGAAACGCUGGACAUUAUCCAUGAGCGGGGACGUUGGUAUGAGGUCAUGGAAUACUGCCCGUUCGAUCUGUUCGCUACCGUCAUGACGGGCAAGAUGUCGAAAGAGGAGGUGGCUUGCAGUUUCAUGCAGAUCGUGAGCGGUGUUACAUUCCUGCAUUCCAUGGGUCUUGCCCACAGAGAUCUCAAGUUGGACAAUGUUGUCAUCAGUGAGCAUGGCAUCCUCAAGAUUAUCGACUUUGGCAGUGCAAGUGUCUUCCGAUAUCCAUUCGAGAACGGUAUCGUUGAAGCACACGGCAUUGUCGGCUCCGACCCAUAUCUUGCGCCCGAGGUGUGUAACGAGCUCAAGUAUGAUCCGCAGCCAGCCGAUAUCUGGUCCCUCGCCAUCAUCUUCUGCUGUAUGACACUACGCCGCUUCCCGUGGAAAGCUCCGCGCCAAUCCGACAACUCGUUCCGCCUGUUCGCCGCCACGCCCGAUCCGGUGUCCGCUUCAGCAACGCCUGAGAUUGAAGGAACUGCCGCAAACCCGUCGCCGAAAGAUGUGCAGGGUGCCGGAGCCGGACCCCAUGCGCCCAAGGGCCCCAACCGCUUGCUUAGGAUCCUGCCGCGGGAAUCCCGGCAUAUCAUUGGACGUAUGCUGGAGCUUAAACCGGAGAAGCGGGCCACGCUGGAGGAAAUCUGGAACGAUGAGUGGAUCCAGUCGAUCGACUACUGUCGGCAGGAGCAGGCCACCAUUAUCCGCGCCGGCAACCACACGCACGUCCUCGAAAGCCAGCCUCAAGAUACCAAGGAGACUGCGCGCAAGAAGAGCCAGGAGUCUCGCAAGUCGACGAAAUAGAAUAGCGUUCGGUAUUGUGUGAAGGCUCUUUCUCCUUUGUCGUCUUAGAGUUGCAGCGGGUCUCCUUCUCGUUCUCAUUUGUCGCUUUCUGGUAUGGUCUGGCUGUUUUGGGACGGGGGUUUAGAUAAUUUUUUCCUUCUCAUUUCUCAUUUCUCUUGCGUACAACAUCUUUGGUAUUAGAUGAUUGGUGCAAAUGAUGCAUCAUGGUGG